GCCCCGGCGCUGGCAGCGAGGGCGAGUGACGGCGCGGCGGCAGCAGCCUCCGCCCGCCGGCUGGCCCACAGCGCACACAGCGGGCCGGCAGCCGGCACCAGCGCCGGCGAUGCGGAGGCGCCGCUGCUGCUGCUGGGGCCCGGCGGCGCUGCUGCUGCUGCCGCUGGGGCUGGGCAGCCUGCUCGCCGCCAAAGUGAACAAACACAAACCCUGGAUUGAGACGUCAUACCAUGGAAUCAUAACUGAGAACAACGACACUGUGAUUUUGGACCCUCCCCUGGUUGCUUUGGAUAAAGAUGCACCUGUUCCCUUUGCAGGUGAAAUUUGUGCUUUUAAAAUCCAUGGGCAAGAAAUGCCCUUCGAGGCCGUUGUGCUGAACAAGACAUCUGGAGAAGGUCGGCUUCGAGCAAGGAGUCCCAUUGACUGUGAGCUGCAGAAGGAAUACACAUUCAUCAUCCAGGCCUAUGACUGUGGGUCAGGACCAGGUGGAACAAACUGGAAGAAAUCUCACAAGGCAGUGGUCCAUAUCCAGGUGAAGGAUGUCAAUGAGUUCUCCCCAGCAUUCAAGGACAGUGUGUACAAGGCCUCAGUGACAGAGGGGAAGAUCUAUGACAGCAUCCUGCAGGUGGAAGCCACGGACGAGGACUGCUCCCCCCAGUUCAGCCAGAUCUGCAACUACGAGAUUGUCACCACAGACGUGCCCUUUGCUAUCGACAGGAACGGUAACAUCAGGAACACCGAGAAACUGAGCUAUGAUAAACAGCACCAGUAUGAGAUUAUGGUGACAGCUUUCGACUGUGGGCAGAAACGUGCAGCAGAAGAUGCCUUGGUACGAGUUAAUGUCAAACCUGUGUGCAAACCAGGCUGGCAAGACUGGAACAAACGGAUUGAAUACAGGCCGGGCUCUGGCAGCAUACCCUUGUUUCCCAGCAUCCACCUAGAGACGUGUGAUGGACCAGUGUCCUCAAUCCACACCACCAUUGAACUGCAGACCAAUUACAUCGGAAAGGGCUGCGAUCGUGAAACCUACUCGGAAAAAUCUCUGCAGAAAUUAUGUGGAGCUUCCUCAGGUGCCAUUGACCUGUUACCAUCUCCCAGUGCAACAACCAACUGGACAGCUGGGCUCCUCAUGGAUAGCAAUGACAUCAUUUUUAAAUUUGAUGGAAAGCAAGGAGCCAAAAUCCCAGAUGGAAUAGUCCCAAAAAAUUUAACUGAUCAAUUCACCAUCACUCUGUGGAUGAAACAUGGACCUAGUCCUGGAUUAAGAGCUGAGAAGGAGACUAUUCUCUGCAACUCUGACAAGACAGAGAUGAACCGGCACCACUACGCGCUGUACGUGCACAACUGCCGCCUCGUCUUCCUGCUGCGCAAGGACUUCGACCAGGCCGACACCUUCCGCCCCGCCGAGUUCCACUGGAAGCUCGACCAGAUCUGUGACAAGGAGUGGCACUACUACGUGGUGAACGUGGAGUUCCCCGUGGUGACGCUGUACAUGGACGGGACAACGUACGAGCCCUACCUGGUGACCAACGACUGGCCCAUCCACCCCUCCCACAUCGCCAUGCAGCUCACAGUGGGGGCUUGCUGGCAAGGAGGUGAAGUCACCAAGCCCAGGUUUGCUCAGUAUUUCCAUGGCAGCCUGGCCAGUCUGACAAUCCGGCCAGGGAAAAUUGAAAGUCAGAAAGUGAUUUCCUGUUUGCAGGCCUGCAAGGAAGGUCUCGAUAUUAAUUCUCUUGAGAGUCUUGGCCAAGGAAUAAAGUAUCACUUCAACCCUUCCCAGUCAGUCCUUGUCAUGGAAGGAGAUGACAUUAAGAAUAUAAAUCAAGCCCUCCGAAAAGUCUCAUACAUCAACUCCAGACAGUUUCCUACUUCAGGCAUACGACGUCUCAAAGUCUCAUCUAAAGUUCAAUGUUUUGGUGAAGAUGUCUGCAUUAGUAUCCCAGAUAUAGAUGCCUAUGUAAUGGUGUUUCAGGCCAAUGAGCCCAAGAUUACCAUAACUGGGAUGGACCACUUUGCUAGACCAGCUGCACAGUUUGAAAGUGAAAGAGGUGUUAUUUUGUUACCUGACAUCAGGAUUGUCAGCACAGUCACUAAAAUGGAGCAUUCAGUGGACUUCAGAGAACAUGACAGAGUCAAUAAGCAAGUGGUAUUAGAGGAAAUGCUCCACAACUUGGAUUUCUGUGAUGUUUUGGUCAUUGGUGCAGAACUAGACCCUGAACAAGAGUGUUUAGAACUAGAUAAUGGGGAGCUUCAAGGAAAACAUCUAGAUGCCACAAAUUCCACUGCAGGAUAUUCAAUCUAUGGAGUGGACAGCAUGUUCAGCUACGAGCAGGUGCUGCGACAGCUCCGCUACCGCAACUGGGGCACCUCGGCCACCGCGGACAGGAAGUUCAGGGUCAAGUGCUCCGAGCUCAAUGGGCGCUACACCAGCAACGAGUUCAACCUGGAGGUUAAUAUUCUACACAGUUCCAACUCCAACUUCAUGGACCAUGUAAAUCACAUGAUAGUUCAGCCUCAAUUUCUCCAGUCUGUUCAGCACCCUGAGGGGAGUGUAAGUGCAGUUCACAGCUCAGUGGUUCCCAGCGUGGCCACGCUGGUGGUCAUCACCUGUGUGAGCGUGCUGGUGCUGGUGGUCACGCUGGGCGUGCUGCGGCUGCGCACGGCCCGGCAGCACAGCGCCGCGGGCCACGAGGGAGCCAAGGACGGCGACAUGGACUGGGACGACUCUGCUCUCACCAUCACCGUCAACCCCAUGGAGAAAUAUGAAAAGCCACACCAGACAGAAGAGGAGAGUGAGGAAGAAGACAUAGACGAUGAAGAGGAAGACACAACCAGUGCUGAAUCAGAUGAUAGUGAAGAGGAUGAAGAGGAGGAGGAAGUAAUUGUCCAAAAGGGAGACAAACAGAAUUCCACCAGGCAAGAGCAGUUGGAGUGGGAUGAUUCAACACUCCCCUACUAACAAACAGCCCUCCAGCCACAGCUCUUUUGUAACAACCAAUACAAUGUUUUUUCAGAGUCUAUGACA